UGACAAAACUGGAAAAAAGUUAUGCUUUCGUGAGCUUACUGCACGUUAUUUAAAUAUUCUAUUUAAAAUGUUUAAUACGCGCAUCUUGGAGCGCCGCUCUCGUUAAAUCUUUAAUUGCUUACACAACUGUGACUCACACACAAACACAUGAAUGACCUCCCUCCUCGGCUGCACCCCCUCCACCCAGCAGUUGGUUGGUAGAGUCCGGGACGGAGCAUCAUGGCGAUUGACGGAGGGGGGAGAAACUGUGGUGCUCAUGAACUCAUCUGUGCUAGACGAGUUUCCCCUGAACUUCUGGGUGUUUUGUCUUCCAUUGCAGCCUUCGUGGCGUUGAUGGCUCUGUUUUUUCUUUACCUCAGCAACAAACUGUCUGUGCAGAGUCCCGACAAUCUGUCGCAUCUCAAUGGACAAAAGAACCCCCACCAAGUGCUUCUGAUGAGGUAAUCUCGUGGUCAGCGUGUAAUAGAAUCCCCCGACUGAGAGAUGGCCUUCUUCAAGAGCUUCCAGCCAACCCU